GCCAUUGCUACUAGCUGUACCAAUCUACCUGUAGUUUGGAUUUGCUUUGGGCAAUAUCAUGUCAGUUAUUUAGUUAUUUAAUUUUUUCAAAAGGAGUUUGAAAAGAUUAAACGCUGAAUGAACAUCGUCUUGGUCUUUUAAGAUUGCAUUUUGCAUUGUAUUACAGUUUACAUUCAGGCUUCUUAAUGUUGGUUACUGUUAGCACAGAAGCUAGCUCAUGUUAGUUUGUUUUGCUAACGAGUAAGGUAAUCUAAUGACGGCUGCUGAGCUCCGUAUCAAUAAAUGGCACUUGGCAGGUAACGUCGGCGCCAUUUGUUUUAAUUAGCUCUAAUUCAAAUAAAAUUGGAUCAGCUUUCCUAAGCCGCGAGCUGAAAACUCCUUUGCUAGUUUAGCGGCGAGCAUCUGAGAGCCGCUGUGCUGGUAAUGAUAUCCGCGGUAUGAUUCAUCUGGUUGUUUGAUGGGGCUAUUUAGGAUCAUGAUGCCAGCCAAGAUUCAGCUUUUAGCUGUUAUGGCUUUUGGAGUUGCGAUAUUCUUGAUAGAGAAUCAGAUCCAGAGACUCGACGAGUCAAGAGCCAAACUCGAGCGCACCAUCGCUAGACACGAGGUGGCUGAAGUAGAGCUUCGUCACAGCGAAGAUGGCGGAGGGCGGGAGAUGUUACCACUGGCUGAAAACGAUGACAUGGUCAUCAUCUACAACAGAGUGCCGAAGACGGCCAGCACAUCCUUCACCAACAUCGCCUACGACCUCUGUGGGAAGAACCGCUUCCAUGUCCUGCACAUCAACACCACCAAAAACAACCCUGUCAUGUCUUUACAGGACCAGGUGCGCUUUGUUCGGAACGUCACUACAUGGAGACAGAUGAAGCCAGGCUUCUACCACGGUCACGUUGCUUAUCUGGACUUCUCCAAAUAUGGUGUGAAGGGAAAGCCAAUGUACAUAAAUGUGGUCCGGGAUCCUAUAGAGCGCCUUGUAUCCUACUACUACUUCCUUCGCUUCGGUGAUGACUACAGACCAGGCCUACGACGAAGGAAACAAGGCGACAAGAAGACCUUCGAUGAGUGCGUGUCAUCGGGGGGGUCAGACUGUGCUCCUGAGAAGCUCUGGCUGCAGAUACCCUUCUUCUGCGGCCACCAUUCAGAGUGCUGGAAUGCAGGCAGUAGAUGGGCGCUGGAGCAGGCUAAAUACAACCUGGUGAAUGAGUACAUGUUAGUAGGAGUCACUGAGGAGCUGGAAGACUUCAUCAUGAUCCUGGAGGCGGCGCUCCCACGCUUCUUCAAGGGAGCCACGGAGCUCUACAGAACAGGGAAGAAGUCCCAUCUGAGGAAGACCACUGAGAAGAAGCCCCCCACCAAAGAGACUAUCGCCAAGCUGCAGCAGUCCGACAUCUGGAAAAUGGAAAAUGAGUUCUACGAGUUUGCACUGGAACAGUUUCAGUUUGUCCGUGCUCACUCCGUCAGGGAAAAAGACGGCGAACUUUACGUGCUGGUGCAGAGCUUUUUCUAUGAAAAGAUCUACCCCAAAGUGAACUGAUGGCGAGGAGGAUUGUACGAGAACUUCACGGGAACCCUGAGAGAAGAGCUGCUUUCUUAUAAACUGCUGGUGCUGCUGUUGAGUAGACUGACCUGCCAACCGCUACUGUAAGAAAGAUUCCUCUGAGAGUAACGGUCACAGAUGAUGGCUGAGAGAAUAAGCCACUAAUGGAAGCUAGUUCAUCAAGUGGAAACUUGUAUUUAAACCUGACUUUCUGGAACGAGGGAACCAAGUCGUCUGGUUUAUGUUUUAUACUGAUUGCACAUGAAAUUUUAAGUGAACCAAUAAUUGUUUACGGAUCUCUGAUAGUCAAGGCUGCAUUUGUACACAUGUAGGAACAUGCAGUCCACAUGUUUUUGGACUAAAUGGUAAAAGAAAAAAAGUUGUAUUAUUCGGUUUUGCUUUGUUUUUCUCUGUUGAUGUUGAUUUGUACACAUUGGACAUGUAUCAGACUUUAUCACAGAGAUAUAAAUGUGCAUCUUUGAUAUGAUAGCUGCUGUUUAUAGGCUGUGUAGGGACUUAGCCAGAGUUAGGGAUGGCUACUAAUCAGACAUGACUACAGGGUUAUUUUAGUUGGGAAGAUACUGUUAGUGCCUUUACUAUAAUAUCACACUUAGGGGUCACCCUCCAGUGAUCCCACAGUCAGAUUUUAGUGUUUUGUUUUUUCUCUUAACACUGUGAUGUUCCACACU